GGUCUGGUCCGACCCGAAGAUUGCCGCUUUUCUUCUCCCGUCCACCCUGCGUCUCUCUGCUCGCGCUCUCGUCGAGCUACUAGGUGACAGCCGCUGCCGCCGCCCGCCGCUGCCUCCCUAAGCCACUUGCUCGGUCUAGCCUCGCCGGCUCCUUCGCAAGGUUGGCCCGUCGCCGGCGGCCAACACCCACCAGGUUCAGAGAUGGCAGAGACGGUGUUCACCCCCUCUCUGGAAGGGAUGAAGCAUGUCAAGGCAGAGAACGGAGUCAUUCUCACCAAGCCCUUCCUUGAUGUCUGCAAGCAAAUCCUGCCUGUCCUGGAUAAAUUUGGAGCUGCUAUGGCACUUGUAAAAACUGAUAUCGGUGGCAAUAUCACAAGACUGGAAACAAAGUAUUCUUCAGAUCCAUCAAAGUAUGAACACUUGUACAGCAUGGUUCAGGAAGAAGUUCAAAACAAGACAGCAAAAGGUUCCUCAAGCUGCACAAAUGGGCUUCUGUGGCUCACGAGGGCCAUGGAUUUCCUUGUUGAGUUGUUUCGUAACCUUCUUGAGCAUGCAGACUGGACCAUGACUCAAGCUUGCACUGAUUCAUACACCAAGACUCUGAAGAAAUUUCAUGGCUGGCUUGCCAGUUCUAGUUUUACGGUGGCCAUGCGGCUCGCUCCUAAUAGAGAUAAAUUUAUGGAGGUCAUUAGUGGAACUGGUGACAUCAAUGCAGAUAUUGAGAAAUUUUGCACAACCUUCUCUCCUUUCCUCAAAGAAAAUCAUGAAUUUCUGGCGAGCGUUGGUCUUGAUGACAUGAAGGCUUCAUAGAGUAAUCUCCGUGGCGAUUACAACAAACAACAAAAUAAACAUGUCUUAUCAAUCUCAAGUGUUGCAGAGGAUAUACCUGUUUUCCGUAGCCAUCUUCCCCUUGAAAAUUAUACAGGGUCGUAAUAAUUGUCCGCAUGAUUGACCAUGGCUACUUACACAGCGAAUUGACAGUACUCAACAAAUUUACUUUCCAAACUCAGUCCCUUGUUACAGAAAAUUUACAUAUGAUUAUGUGGAACUCUUGUGUUGUAUAGUUCUCUAUCCUCAAAUCUUGCAACAGGUAAAUUCCUGCGAAAAUCAGAAACGUUACCACCUAGCAAA